AUGCAAAAUUUUCUUGAGAAAUUUCACGCCGGUGGGCCCGACGCAGCUGUGGUUGCGUCUAGAUCGACUGCUCAACCUACAUUUUCGUUGGAUCAAGACUAUCAUGUACAAGUAACUAUAUAUCGCGAAGACGGAACCGAUGAUGCCGCACAAGUGAACACCAUCAAGAGAACAGCUCCUGCCGCCGAGAAUGACAACGACUCCGCAUCAAACAUCAAGUUCUUUACCGAGCUAUCUCCCAAUACGAGUGUAACGGUUAAUGGGCGUACUUAUGUCAACGACGCACCCACGCGCGCUCUGGAGAGGAAUCUAGACGUUGACACCGGGGAGGCGGAGUCGCCUUUUUACGUUGGCCCUCUUCAUCGCUAUAUCGUCAUUGAGGUACUGUCGCAGCCAAUGUUCUUCUUCCGGGGUAGAGAAGAUCUCGGCUUCACAGAUAAGAUUGCGGGGUAAUAGGCUGAUAUAUCUGGAGACAUUGUGACUUUACGUGACACGUGGUGACGCCGAAGGACCGGACGUAGAAAUGUCGGUGUUUUGCAUAUGUUAUGGGCCCCUCCCCUCUCUCAUACAAUAUAGAGCAAUGAUGUCAUCCCUGCUUUUUCUGGGUGCUCUCAUUGACCUGUGAUAGGUGGCGUGUGUGCCGCAGUGAAUAUACAUGUGUGGUGAC